GUUGCCUGAGACUCGUUUGCUCGCACGCUCGUCGCCCUAGUGCUCCGUUGCUUGCCCUUCGUUUCACCCACGCUGUCUCAGAUCUUGUGCAUUUGCUCCACGGAUCUGAGGUACGGCUGUUCUCAGCCUCGUCACCCCGAUAUUUGCGUAUUUUUAAGACCGUUUCGACGGUUUUUGGUGCAGUUUCCUGUUCGAUAGAAGAGGGAGGGAGUUGUUGCGGAGAAAUGCGGGAGUGUCGAUAGCCAGCGGACAGGGGGGGUGGGAUUGUUACCGAUUGAGCUUGUCCCGAAGGCGAUUGCAUUUGGUCUUGUUUGAAGCCGGGCACAAUGGUGGUGCUGGCAGCGUCUAUCAUCAGCAAGUCCGGGAAAGCUUUGGUUUCUCGGCAGUAUGUGGACAUGUCCAGGAUUCGAAUUGAGGGAUUGCUCGCCACCUUCCCCAAGCUUGUUGGUAUCGGAAAGCAGCAUACAUAUGUUGAGACAGACAAUGUUCGUUAUGUCUAUCAGCCAAUGGAGUCAUUGUUCCUUCUUCUGGUGACCAACAAGCAGAGCAACAUUUUAGAAGAUCGGGACACGUUACAACUCCUCUCCAAGCUUGUACCUGAAUACGUUCCAUCCCUUGACGAGGAGAGUAUCUGCAGGAUGGCCUUUGAACUUAUAUUUGCCUUCGAUGAAGUGAUUUCUUUAGGUCAUAAAGAAAAUGUUACUAUCGCGCAAGUCAAGCAGUAUGUGGAGAUGGAGAGUCAUGAAGAAAGGAUGCACAAGCGUAUUAUGGAGAGUAAAAUCAACGACACGAAAGAUCUCAUGAAGCGCAAGGCAAACGAAAUCGAGAAGAACAGGAUCGAGAAAGGCAGAGGUGACAAAGGAAACUAUGUUUCAUCCAUGCCUUCAAUGGGUUCAAGGUUUGACAACGGUUUUAGCGACACAAACUCUUCAAUGGGUGGAGGCGCAAGAAGUAAUUUAUCCGGCUUUGUGCCAGGCCUUGACACUGAUGUUUUCAAACCUCCAGCCCGAGUUAUCUCUUCCUCAGCUCCUUCAAAAGGGGGCAUGCAAUUGGGCAAGUCAACCAAAACCAAUCAGUUCCUAGAGUCUCUCAAAGCGGAGGGUGAGGUUAUUGUUGAGGACAUUGCACCUGGACCACUCAGAUCAGCAGCUGCUGUACCCAUCAGUUCAGAUCCUAUCAUGAUUGGCGUGGAGGAGAAGCUUGUGGUUGUUUUAAGGAAGGAUGGGGGUCUUGAGAAUUUGGAAGUACAGGGUAACAUGUCUCUUGUAGUUCAAAAGGAAGAAGAUGCUUACAUUCGGGUCCAGGUUGAGUCAAGCGCAAACUCAAAUUUCAAUUUCAAGACCCAUCCAAAUAUUGACAAAAACCUUUACUCUGAGAGGAACGUUCUGGGUCUUAAGGAUCCUAGUAGGCCAUUUCCCACAGGCAAUCCUCUGGGUAUCUUGAAGUGGCGUAUGCAAAGCAAGCAGGAGUCGAUGGUUCCUCUGAGCAUUAACUGCUGGCCAUCCCUAUCCGGUGGAGAGUCGUAUGUCAACAUCGAAUAUGAAGCUUCUAGGGCUUUUGAGCUUCAGAAUGUUGUGAUACAUAUCCCAUUGCCAGCAAUUCGUGAUGUUCCUACUGUUAACCAAGUGGAUGGUGAAUGGAGGUUUGAUUCCAGGAAUUCUGUAUUGGAGUGGAACAUUACGCUGAUCGAUAAUUCUAACAGAAGUGGAUCGAUGGAGUUUGUUGUACCUGCAGCAGAUCCAAAUUCGUUCUUUCCUAUAGAUGUCAAGUUUACAGCAAACAAGACCUUCUGCGAUUUAAAGGUUGGAUCCGUGAUUCAAACUCAGAAUGGUAACACUGUCAAGUUUGGAAAACGGACGCAAUUGGUAGUGGACAGCUACCAAGUUGUAUAAAUUCACUCGAACUUUUCAUAUGAGUUCCAUAAUAGGUAGUUUGUUCGAGGCUACAAAAGGGAGAAUCGCUCUCCCUUCCUAUUCUAUGAUUAUCAUAGGUGCACCACAUCAAGUUGUUGGGAAAACACUAGUCUCUUUCCCAUACUUCAUUGAAGGGUGACUGAAAUAUGUUUUUGCCUACGCCUUUUAGUUAGCUGCCUUUAGGGGUGCACAUGCACUAGUUACUGAGAGGACGGUAGUAAAGAUCAUCUUUGGCCAGGCUGAACCAGUCGUAUUAGGGACCCAGUUGCAUGUUUAGUCUUGGCUAGAAGAUCAGGGUGGCAAAUCAGUAGAAUUCCCAUUUCUCUCCACAAUAGUUGUUCCAGCUGAAGAUUAGGUAACCUCUCUUUUUGAGACACCUGGUGUCUGGAAACUGGGCCACUCAUCAGACGAGCCUGGCUUUUGGCGGUUUUUUGGACCACAUUAGUUGGGUCUGAAAUAGCUAACAUUCGUUUAAUGCAAAUAAGGGCCUUUUACAGGGAUCUAUUUUUUGCUA